AUGAAGGCAUCCAUUCUAUGCGCUACGCUCUUUUCAUGGGCAGUACUUGCCUUCCCCGCCAACCUCCUCAACAACCUUCCUGCUGAUCUCAGCGAUGAGGGGCUCGCAGGGAUCACAGAGCUGGCGGCAAAAAUCACCAGAGCGGUUGAGGAUAUGCCGGCCAACUUGGCCAAGCGACAACUUGGUGCUAGCAUCCUGCCACCUGGUUUCGAUGCGGACGCUCAGCGCAUAAGCACCACGGGUGAACACCGUUAUAUUGCACCUGGCAAGAAUGACCUUCGCGGACCAUGCCCAGGCCUGAACGUCAUGGCAAACCAUGGCUAUCUCCCACGCAAUGGAAUCGCAUCCGUCACGCAGUUGACUACCGCAUCGAACGAAGUUUUCGGUAUGGGUCUCGAGCUCUCCGCUUUCCUGUCAGUCCUUGCUACGGUUAUGGGCGGCGACAUUGUCUCGUCUUCCAUCGGUGGCCCGCCCAGCGGAGGUCUGCUUGGUGGACUCACCACGGGACUUGGUCUCGUCGGAAAGCCGCAGGGUAUGAGCGGGACACACAACCGUUUCGAAGCCGACUGCUCUCCUACACGAGAGGAUCUGUACAAGAACGGCAACCCCGUAUCGCUGAACCUCCCUCAGUUCGAGGAACUAAUGGCCAUGCCUAUUGGUCCCAACGGUUACGACCUCACUGUCAUGCAUCCUUUCCGUGGCUCAAGAUACAACAACUCCGUCGCCACCAACGGACACUACUGGGCUGGGCCUCUGACCCACUACGCUAUCAACACUGCGACCUACCUGUUCACCUUCCACUUCUUCUCCAACCACUCUGCAGAGUACCCAUCAGGUUAUCUCGACGGAGAAACCCUCAAGUCGUUUGAAGGCGUCACAGGACAGAAAGGCAGCUUCAAGUGGGCUCCUGGUCAGGAGAAGAUUCCCGAGAACUGGUACCGCCGCGCCAUCGGUGAUGACUACGGGAUCGCAGCCUUUACACUCGAUGCCGUAGGCGCACUGCAAGCCCUUCCCUACAUGGCCGUCGUCGGUGGCAACACUGGCGAGCCCAACACCUUCACCGGUGUCAACAUCGCCGACCUUACCGGCGGUGUCUUCAACGCCGAGACUCUGCUCGAAGACAACAACCUCAUGUGCUUCGCAUUCCAGGCUGUCAACUCCGCCAGCCCGGAUAUCUUGAAGGGUCUCCUCGGCAAUGUUCUGCUUGCUGUGCAGAAGUUGACCGAUGCCCUGAAUCCUAUCCUUGCGAAGCUUGGCUGCCCUGACCUUGCCAAGUACGACAAGUCUUUGCUUGCCAAGUUCCCGGGUGCUGGUGCUGGAAUUUAG